AUGAAGGGCUUUAAGAAGGUGUGGAACGUUGUCAAGCGCCGCAAGGCCAGCAUCUUGCACCCACUUCUAGUGGGUAAGAGCAGGAUCAUCAGCGGCGUGGAAAAGGCCGCUAAGAAAGGGCGCCGUCGCCUCUCGACAUGGCGCAAGAGCAAGAAGGAGGCCUGGGGGUUCAACCGGGUCUAUCCCCAUGAGCCGCCUGAGCGGCCUCGUGAAAGUUCGUCCCUGUCCGGAGUGACGACUGGUGGAGAGGAGGAGGACGAUAGCGACGACGAGUUGAGCGAACGCUCCAUGGGCCUCACUAGCCCUGACAACAGGGAGGACGACAUCGCCGGGCUGACCGUUCUAAAAGGCAUAGACCCUACACAGCUCGCUAUCCAGUCCUCGCAAGACAAUGCGGAUGGUAGCACUGUGACAUGGGUCCCUAAUUCGCACCGCCUUGUCGUCAGGCCUCAGCGUGAGCCAACUCGGCAAAUGGGGUCGCCAUAUGUCCAUGUGGUCCCGUUGGAGAGGUCCCUACCGUCGCUCUCGACGCUCGAGCUGUAUUUGCCGCCGAACGAGGAAGCCAGCACUCCGGGGCGCCGUUCACCUGCCCUUUAG